GUAAACUCACAAGUGAAGAAGACGAGCUGCAGUAUUUAUUUCCUGGAGUCAAAAGCUGAGUUUUCUGAAGCUAAACAUAUCUACUCUGAUCUCUGACAGAGGAUUACUGUAAAGGAUUUGAUAGUUUUAAAAAUAAAAAAAAAUUACUGUUUCUGUAUUUGAGGUUUUAACUACAUUCUGCUUUUAAGACUGAGUCACAACCAUUUAGACCUCUUAUAAUGGACUCAGCCGAGACUCGGCCAUGCUCUUCCAGAAAAACUUCAAACACUCCUCCUCCUGUUGAUUCACAGCUUUGUGGGGAUGUGCAGAGAGGAACAGCUUUAAGUGGAGAGGCAGUGAGUUCACUGGGAGACAGCAUCCCUGUGGACCAUCAUGAACAUGUAAAAAAGGAAGAACCUGAAGAUGAAGACUAUUUCUGUGAAGUGUCAUCAAGUUCUCUAAGGCACAUGAUGCCUGUGGACCAACAGAAAAAAGAAGAACUUGAAGAUAAAGACUACCUCAGUGGAGAAACAUCAAGCUCUGUGGGACACAUCCACCUCAUAGACCAACAAAAGCAUGUAAUAAAAGAAGAACCUGAAGAUGAAGACUUUCUUUGUGGAGGAACAUCAAGCUCUGUGGGACACAUCACCCAUGAGGGUGAACAGAAUGGGGAGGUCCUUAAGAAGGAGAUAAAAGAGGAAGAGUCUAAAGAUGAAGAGUACCUUUGUACAACAACAGUCUGUGAAAUGAACAACACCCAGUUACAAACCUUCACCUGCUCGUGGUGUCCACUUGUCUGUAUAUCGCAAAUUGACCUCCAAAAACACAUCAGAAGAUGCCACUGUGAGGAACAUAAGGGACUCCUGAAAUCAGGAGACAUGAAAUAUGAGAAACUGAUGCCUACAAGAAGCUCAGACAGUCAGCAAGCAAUCUCUGCUACUCUGAACUGUAAUAUCACUCAUAGACAAAUGCACGAAGGCAUCUUUCACUGCUCACAGUGUGGGAAGAGUUUUACUGACCAGAGUACUCACCGACAACACCAAUGCAUUGAUAAAGCGGAGAAGCUACAUCACUGCUCAGAGUGUGGGAAGAACUUUGCCCAACUGAGCCAACUCCAACGCCACCAACGCAUUCACACAGGAGAGAAGCCAUAUCAUUGUUCACAGUGUGGAAAGACAUUUAUUGGGAAGAAUACUCUUAAAGCACACCAGGUCAUUCACACAGGAGAGAAGCCACAUCACUGCUUACAGUGUGGGAAGAGUUUUGCCCAACAUGGUAAUCUCCAACGACACCAACUCAUUCACAAUGGAGGGAAGCCGUAUAAGUGCUCACAGUGUGGGAAGAGUUUCGCCCAGCAGGGUAAUCUACAACGUCACCAGCGCAUUCACAAUGGAGAGAAGCCAUAUUACUGCUCACAGUGUGGGAUGUGUUUUACCCAACAGAGUAAUCUCCAACGACACCAGCGCAUUCACAAUGGCGAGAAGCCUUAUCAAUGCUCGCAGUGUGGGAAGAGUUUUAUAAAUAAGUGUGGUCUCCGAACACACCAGCUCAUUCACAAUGGAGAGAAGCCACAUCACUGCUCAGAAUGUGGGAAAAGUUUUAUAUACAAGAGUGAUUUCCAAAUACACCAGCGCAUUCACACAGGAGAGAAGCCGUAUAACUGCUCGGAGUGUGGGAAACGUUUUACAACCAUGAGUAAUUUCCAACGGCAUCAGCGCAUUCACACAGCAGAGAAGCCACAUCACUGCUCACAUUGUGGAAAGAAUUUUAUUCAUGAGAAUCAACUCCAAAAACACCAGCGCAUUCACACAGGAGAGAAGCCGUAUCAGUGCUCAGAGUGCGGGAAGAGUUUUAGUUACAAGAGUCCACUCGAAAAACACCAGCGCAAUCACAUAGCGCAGAAGCAGAUUCAGUGCUUGGUGUGGACAGAGAUUCAGUUAUUUAGAAUUGAAGAUACACAAGUGGACCUACAUGGAGCUAUCAGUUUAUACAGGGGCGUGCCUAAGGCUUCUCCAGCAGGCGGCGCUGUGAACAUGAACUCUGGCGUAAACUCACCACAGAAGAAGACGAGCUGCAGUUUCAUUUCCCUGAGUAAACAGCUGAGCUUUCUCUCUCUCCCUCUCUCUCUGUCUGAGAAGCAUAACCCUUUUAGAGCUCUUACAAUGGAAUCAGCAGAGGACUGCCUGGGCUCUUUCAGAAAAUCUCGACACACUUCUUCUCACUCACAGCUUUUGGGGGAUGUGCAGACAGAAAUAGAUGGAGGGACAUCAAGCUCUUUGGAAGACAUCACCCCUGUGGACUAUCAGAAACAUGUAAAGGAAGAACCUGAAGAUGAAGGCUACCUCUAUGGAGGGACGUCCAGCCCUGUAGGACACAUCACCCCUAUUGACCAGCAGAAAUGUAUAAAAAAGGAAGAACCUGAAGAUGAAGAAAAUCUCUAUGAAGAGAUAACCAUAGGACAGAUUUCCCCCGUGGACCAACAGAACAAAGGAUUUCAAAGUGAGCACAUAAAAAAGGAAGAGUCUGAAGAUGAAGGCUACGUCUGUACAACAACAGUCUGUGAAAAGAACGAUGCCCAGUUACAAGUCUUCACCUGCUCCUGGUGUUCACUUUCCUAUGCAUCUCAAAUUUACCUUCAUAAACACAUCAGAAGAUACCACAAUGAGCAAUAUAAGAGACUGAUAGAAUCAGGAGAGAUUAAAUGUGAGAAUUUGGUGCCUACAAACAGCUCCAGUAUUCAGCAAACAAUCUCUGGUAGUCUGAACAGUAACACAUCUAAUCAAGUGCAGAAUGAAGUCUAUCCCUGCUCACAGUGUGGAAAGAGAUUUGCCCAACAGAGUAGUCUCCAAAUACAUCAGUGUAUUCACACUGGAGAGAAGCCAUAUUGCUGCUCACAGUGUGGGAAGAGUUUUGUUCGACAGAGUACUCUCCAGCAACAUCAGCACAUUCACACAGGAGAGAAACCGUACCACUGCUUAGAGUGUGGGAAAAGUUUUAUUCGACAAUGUGAUCUCGAAACACACCAGCGCAUUCACACAGGAGAGAGGCCGUUUCACUGCUCAGAGUGUGGAAAGAGUUUUAUAACCAAAAGGUACCUGAAAGCACACCAGGUGAUUCACAAAGCAGAGAAGCCGUACCACUGCUCAGAGUGUGGGAAGAGUUUUAUUCGACGGUCAAACCUCCAAAUACACCUGCGCAUUCACACAGGAGAAAAGCCGUAUUGCUGCACGGAGUGUGGGAAAAGUUUUUCCCAACAGAAUUCUCUCCAACAUCACCAGCGCAUUCAUAUAGCCGAGAAGCCAAUUCAGUGUUCCCAGUGUGGACAGAGAUUUACUUAUUCAGGUGCAUUUAAAGUACACAAAUGCCCCAACAUGGAGCCAUCAGUUUGUGUAGCAUGACAUAAAUCAAGGAACAUUUUUAUAUAUAUUUAUCAUGCUAGUACAAUUAGUGUGAGCUAGCAAGGCAUGUAUAUAUGUAAUUACUGUAUAUAUACAGUGAGGGGAAAUAAAUAUUCAGACAGUAUUCAGACUUUUGUUUGUUAUUUAAUAUGUAUCCAAUGCAUAUAUCUACUUAAAAUUUACACUUUAUACAAUAAAUGUUAACACGUUCCUAUGUAGCCAUGAACAACGAUAUAAAAUCUGUCAGUCAGUUAUUUAAUGGUUUUAAUGAUUUAAUUAUUUUGGCUGCAUGUUACAGGUUAUUGUCUUGUUAAAACAUCCAUAUUCUCUCCAGAUUAAGCUUCUUCACCACUAAUAUGACCCAGUGCCAUUUGCACAGAAGCAACCCUAGAUCAUGAUGCUCUCACCUCUGUACAUCACUGUGGGUAUUGUGUUCUUGGGAUCAUACACACAGCGCUUAUUUGUCCAAACAUGACAAGCUGAAACAUUAUUGCCAAAGAGCUCUGUUUUUGCUUUAUCUGACUUUGUGUAAAUGCUUGUGUGUAAAUUUUAGACGUACAUCUGAGUGCUUCUUUUUUAGAUUUGCGAGUGGUGUAGGAAGAGAAAUGACUGCAGUGCAGUUCACUGUUUAUUGUUCUCUGUGUAAUAGUAAUGCACUAUAAAUUUACACACAUGAUGUCUUUUGACUCUGUACUUACUAAGAUGAACAAAAGGUAUGUAUUCAUAAACAACCAAACAAACAAGCGCUCUUAGACUACUGGAAUGAAAAGUAAGAGAGAAGCCAGCAGUCACUCAAAAAGAGUUACAGGGUUUUAUUUUUAUUUAUUUAUUUUUUAAAAUUUGUUUAUAUAAUUGUGUGUGAGGAGAAUUCUUUUAUUAAGUAUCAUAUAUUAUUGAAUGACAUUCAUUGUGUACUGUAUAAUAUUGUCAGCUUCGAUGUGUGUAUGUUGUGUGGUUAUACAUUAAAUACUGACUAUUUUAGCGGUUGAACCUACAAAACAGUUUUAAAGUUCCACCCUUAUCCUUACACACUGUACAGGAUGACAAGUACCAUAACAAUAACUGUGGCUGAUCACAUGCUUUUAUCCACUCAGCUAAGUUACUUCAGGCUUUAGUAAGAUAUUUUACAAUCCAAAGUAAAUCCUUCAGCAUCUCCUUGUGUCCAGAGCAGCAGGUUUAUUGUUCAAGUUUAGACUUGAACUGUUUUUGCUGGCUAAUAACUAGAUAUUUUGUGGUGGAAAAGUGCAGAAUGGUUGCAGCACUGGCAUCUUAUUGCAGUGCAAAAACACACACGUCAGUGUUUUGCUACAUUUACUGUCAGGCACAAAUGUCCCACGAAUCCUCUCAUAUACCUUUACAGACUGUUAAACCUUUUAAUCGCACAGUCUGCUAACGAAAACUGCUAACGAGAGCUGGACCUUUCAGUGCAAUUUCCAAACAGUCUUGUAAUGAUUACAUAUUUUCUGGCUAGGGAAACAAAACAGUCGUUUACUUGGUCCUUUGCAGCUGUCCGUGGAUGCAUUUGCCCGUCGAACUCAAGAAGUGUCCUGCACAGAGCUCUGACCUCAACCUUAUUGAGUACCUUUGGGAUAAAUUGAAAGGCAGACUACGCCCA